GCUCAUUUGUUGCCGCAUGACGCGCACGAUACGUGACCGGUAGCUCUGCUUGCUUGUACAGCCGUGCUAGAGCUGCAACGAAGGAUAUUAAGCGGUCGCAUAUGCUAUUCAAAGCGAAAUAAAAUGCCGCGAAGCUAUCACAUUGUCGCUCAUAAACGAAGUCUUCUCGCUGCGCAAAGCGUCAGUGGAGAACUUCACUGUUGGAAGUGCUGAAGUGUCGUAGCCCACGCGUCCAGCCCCCUUGGAGCCCUGCGGGGCCCUGCAGAUACACGUCUUCUUCAACAUGAUGACCACAGACAUCAUCCGCGAACUGGGCGAAGACCCUGACAAAGUAUGCGGUCACGAGGAGCAUAUUGUGCUCAAGCUCGAGAAUCCGUGGCCGACUUCGACGUCUUCAUCUUCGACACCGCCACAACUCCCGAAGGGCCUGUCCCUUAACGGUGAUGGCCGUCUCAUCACCACCACUUCUGACGCCUUCGUGGAGAACCGUAGUUUCCUCUGUGAGCACCGUGUAGUUGGAGCACUGUUUGCCGGCUGUGCCUCGUUUGAUGAAUGCAGACCGUUGGGUGCUGCUGCGCGUGCUGUGCUCUCCGACGUUCAAACGCUUGUGAUUGUCCACAACCGGGACUUUGUGCGCACCCUGGUCGACUUGUUCCGCUCGGUGGAGGUGCUUGUCCUGCACCAUGACAUGCGGCUGCAGAUGCCAGAGGACGAGUGGGGUGACAUUGGCGGUGCCCCCCCGCAGCUGAAGCGCCUCAUCGGCAGCACGCCGGCGUUGGGGGCACACAACCUUUUCCUGAGUGCGGCAACUAUCUGCGGCCUGCUUGGUGACUGCCCCUAUCUGUGCGAGUUGCAGACGUCGAUGCAUGAGAUCCUGAGCCCAGCCAAUCCAUUGGUGAGCAUGCUGCUGGCGGCACGCCCCUCCCUCCUCACGACAUGGAACCUUAUUCUCGGGGCAGACGUGGAGCGGCUGGAUGGCACAACCGGUGUCGUCUGGGACAUCACGCCGGGACACAUGGUCCAGGCCAACAUGUUCUUCCGCAGCCUACGGCGCAUUGAGGUGACCACAACCCACAGCCAGACUAUUGCAGCCAUCGGUAUCUUUGAACAGCUUACUGACGUCUCGUUAAUGUUUAUCGCACAAGGCACAUUGUGCUCAUUCCAAGGGCUGGUUGAGAACACACUCAAGCGCCUCCAGCUCAAGCACCUGUCACUCAAGUUUGUCAAGGACAUCAGCCUUCUCGCUGUUGCUGAGCACUGGCCACGCCUGCAGACACUGUCUCUCGCCGAGUGCUCCGUCGUUGACUACGAUAUCGAUGACAUUUUGCCAGGAUCAUUUGCGGGACUUGUCAAGCUGCGAUUGGGAUCAGAAAUCACGAUCCGCUCACUCGAGGCGCUGCUGGGGGCGACGCGACGGCUUGUUUCGCUGCGCCUUGAAGGGAACCUCCUAGUGACAUCGUUUGUUAUCCGGAGUUCACUUGGCUCAUUGCCAAGGCUCGAACGCCUCGUGCUCGGCACCAAGCAAUCGCUGCCGGCGCUGAUCUUAACCGGAAAUGACUUGCGGUACCUGAUCAAGGCAUUGCCCGCACUCCAGUAUGUGGCAACCGACAGCUAUGACCUGCGAGUGUUUUUUGAAAACUACAUGCCGUGGGUGACACUUGGCUGGGGCCAAUGUACGACCUGUGCUGCUGAAUUCCCACGUGUUGAUGAGACUCAGAGGGAGUUUUGGCAAAAGGCGGUGACACCGAUCAAGCGGGGGAGGUGAAUAGUGAGGUCAACUUCCAUCCCUGGUCAAAAAUGGUGCAAAGUAGCAAUCGCUUGUGUCCUGGCCAGACACAGCUGUUUCUUGGACACAACUUGCUCUGGCCCCACGGUAUCUUGCUUGUGAUAGAACUUUGGUGUUAUCUCCAACCACAGUGUACUUGGUCAGUGCAACAGAUUGCCUGCUGGUUAAAAGAUAUUGGCUCGGCCACCUCAAUCCUGACAAACUGCAAAGCUGCUGUUCCCCUUGUGAACUAGGACUCAUCUUGGUCACAGUUGUGCCUUGUGUGCAGCUGGUGCCUGUUACCAGGCAGCUAGUGCCAGUACUGCUCCUAACCAGCAGUGAUACAUGUUCCUGAACAAGCACCGCUGCCUGCACAAGAAUACAUGGCCCCUGACAACUUUGACUUAUGGCUCUUCCAAGCUGCCUGCCAGUGGUGGCAUUGAACUGGUACCAGAUGUUGAACUGGUACUGAGCACGCUAUGUUCUAUGCCAACUUCCAUGCUAUGGUGAGGUGCAGAGUAUGUUCUUGCAGCAGGAUUGUUGUGCUUCCUAGUUCUCAAGGUGAAGCGGUAGCAAGGAUUUUGUUCGGGGAUAUGAGGAUGAUGUCUCCAACUAAAAGAGCUGAGAAACAUGAGACAUUCAUUUUUUUAGACUGUCAUUUGAAAGCACACCAACGUACCUGGCAGCUAGAGCAUACCUAAUGCUUGUGUUGCACCUGUUUGUUUUUUUGGCAGGCAGACAUUUACCUUAUAAUAGUACCCAUGGCUGGAAAUAACUGCUUUGCAGGUGCGGCACUCAUGCACUUGUUCUCUCAGCUAUAUGUGUGUUGUUUCUAUGGCAAUCAUUUGUGGAUGUGCCAGCGACAUGGUGUCCCUGUUUGCUGCUAAUAUCAAGAUCGGUGCAGUAGAAGGCUGGUUGACGGUAAGUUGUGUUGAAGCACUGCACGUAACAUUUGCAUACUUGCACAUUGCCUUUGUGCUAGGCUGUUGAUAGUAUGCUGGUGGACUUGCAGAGUAGCUUUUGCUAUUUUGACAAUGCUGUAUUACAAUGAUAAUGAUGGGAAAACUAGAUCAUUUUAAGCAUGCGCUGUAGAAUGUAGGCAAACGUAAUGCACCUUCAGAAAGUGAUGCAGUAAAUGGGCACCAUUUGUUACAACUGGUUAUUGCAAGUACUGUCAUUAUAAACAGGCUGUUAUUUGCAUUGAUGCAUUUACUGUCAUGGGGUUGAACAUCGAGAUGUAAGAAAUGAGUUGGAGUUGAUUGAAUCUCAAGUGCUAGACGGCACUUACUGUGAGCUAUUUGUCGUAAACGUAGUCAUUUCCAAGACGGGCAACACAGACCAGAGAAGUUUGUGCACAAUGAUGUACCCCAGAUGAUGUCAUGUCUUGGUGUGCCUGCUGUGUAGGAGUGCCUUUUUUUGUUUGUGCAGAUUUGUUAUGGAUAACUUUAAAUGAUAUCUAUGCUUAUAAAUUAAGUGAUUUUGAAUUGCUGUAUAAAGGUGAUAAGUGCUAAGCUUGUCCUUAUGAAUUACUUGAAGUGAUACAUAAUUCAUAAUUUAUGUGCUUUGAGCUGAAGAAGUAACUAUGAGAGUGAUUACUGCUGGGUGCAUUUGCGAAUGUUGUGUCAACUUCUGAUAGUAUAUCUGCCCCUUACACCUACUUGUGCUUCUCUUUUUUUUCAUUUGUGUCACUGAAGAGUAGUAUAUACCAUAUUUUAAGCAUGUUCAAGUUCCACAGGGGUGCGACUCCUGUGCCAUUUGCACCAUUUUGAUACAAACGCAAAUUACUGCAACAAACUGCGCCAACCACAGAAAAUUGUCCGCCACACUGUGCCAGAAUGGCUUGGCCAUGUGUGUACAGCGAGCGGAUUCAUUCUCUGAAAAGGAGUACAGCCGUUCACAUUCCACACACUGCGUGACGGUGCCUCCUGCACAGUUUCUAGUAAUUUUCACAAUUAUAACAGUGGAUUUUUCGGCGCUUGCAGUAAGCAGCUGGCACGCGCAAAGCCACUCUCGACUGUCAUCACUACUGUCGGAAUGGCCAGGGUGGCUGUAUUUAAAGUGUAAUAAAAUACGUUUAAGUGGGCUGAGUGGCACAGCGCUCCCUAGCUGAGGUGCAAAACCAUGAAAAGUAGGCUGAGGGCGCUGCGAGCGAGCUAGGUAUUAGGGAGGCGUGCGCUGCAGGAGGUUCAGCGGAUGGCUUUCUCCGUCCUCGGGGCCAGUACAACUUAAAACUAUUCAAAUCUGUUUUUAUGCCCCUAUGGGCGAGGCCUUAGCCAUUCUGACUAUCACUAAGGGCUAAUGGCAGAUUUCGAAUAAAAGCAGACGGGGAUAGUUUUGUGUUAUAGUACCACAAAGUUAAGCAUUAGGUGCUUUGGAAUUGCCCUGGUCUAUUAUGUAGAAAUGGCUUUCAAUAAACCAGAGUUGUUCACAACUCUGGCUUCAUGGUAUGGUCUGUUGGUGAAGCGCAUUUCGAGACACUUCACGCACACUGUCAAUACAUUAAAGAAAAAUGUAUCUGUAAAAAAUGUCUUGGCCUACUUUUCGAAAUUUCGGACUCACUAUUGCAGAAUGCAUGUCUUUUUGUGAUUGCUACUGCUAAUUAAAAAUAUACAGGCAUUUUGUCCAAAAUUUGUGCGCACUAGAUGGUUUCAGUAUCAGAGUAAUCAGCUUCAAAAUUUACCUUAAGAUGUUGCUUAAGACUGUUGCAGCACAGCGCUCAUGUUGGUUUGUUCUGUAUUUCGUCGUGGUUUCGAAGUGUGCUGCCAUUUUUCGUAUUCUGUUAUUCCACCAAAAUUCACAUUGGCCUGUUCCAAGCUGCUCCAAAAUGCUACUUUGUCACCUCCAAGCUGCUCUGAAAUGCAGUUUUGCUUGCUUCGAAAAUUGCCCCAAAAUGACUUUGGGCAGUCCCCCCACAGGUCUUCCGGAAAGGGCAUUUCUUGACUUCAGAUGCAACCUCUCUGCAAUACACUUUACAUUGUGGUAAAGUAGUACCUAAGGUUCUCUUUUUUAUGUGUGUGUGUUCGCAAUAACGCAUGUGUAUGUUGAGUGCACCUGAAGGCAAACUAUGUAUAAAUGGUCUGCAAAUUGCCUCGAAGCCACACCAUGGCUUCACCACAUAGAAGCACUUAAAGUGGUGUUAACUGAAA